AUGCCACGUGCCAGUGCCAGUGUACUUUUAUUGAUCUUCGCAACCUUCGCAACGGUUGCUGGGGACUACCCAUGCGUAUGCAACUACAACGUCGAGGCUGCAGUGCACCUGCUUCCUGACGACAACUCUGAGGCACUGGGAUACAUGUACGAGUUUGACUGCAAGCCUGCGGGCGUUGGCCAGGGCAACAUCAACUAUCUGGAAAUUAUGUUUGAGGGAAAGAUCGGAUACAUCAAGCAGGGUGCGGAUGUCCAGAGCCAGACGUGUCCCGGGCUAAUACCCACAACAGACCAAGUAACAACUACAACGCUGCAAACGACUACCACCCCACCUCCCACAACAAUAACAACAGCAACACCAAAACCAACAACAACUACUACAACAACACCUAGACCGACAACAACAACUCCUUUACCGACAACGACGACUACAACAACAACACCUCAGCCGAAGACAAGCACAACUACAACAACAACAACUAACCCGACAACAACAACCGCUAUACCGACUACGUCGACGACAGCAACACCUAGACCGACAACAACAACGCCUAUACCGACAACGACUACAACUUCUACAUCGACACCUAAGCCGACAACAACAACAACUACUGCAACGACAUCAAAACCGACCACAACGACUUCCACAACUACAACAACGACCAUUAUACCAACAACAACGCAAACAACAACAACGUCUACAACAACGCCUAGAACAACUACAACCACCACCAUAAGGACAACAACCGAACGGACCACGCCCCCUAGCACUGAAGGAACAACAAUCCCUUCGACUCCGCCCUCCUCCGUUCCUGAAGGCCAUAUCGAACUUUGCCCGGACCACGUGAAGGGUGACCUUAGUAUAUUCGGAGGAUACUUAGGCCAGUUCGGCGACUAUUGCUUCGAAUUGGUUAACGUCUCCACCCAGUGGCAUAACGGACAGAGGCACUGCACGGUUGCCGGUGGGGGGUAUCUCGCCCACGUGACUAACAAGGCAGAACAGGACUUCUUCGUGCGCUUCCUCGAGAAACACCAUUAUGUGGAGUCCGUCUGGCUGGGUUUGACGGAUUCCGAAAAGGAAGCGGCGACCACCGAGGGACAUUGGUCGUGGAUUUCCGGCGUCCCAGUGACAUAUACCAACUUUGGGCGUGACUACAAUGGCCACGGCGAUCUUACCCAUAAACUGAACGACUGUGUGAUUAUGAAGCAGGGUGGGGAGUGGACGGACGUGCCGUGUGGAGUACCUUUGAUUGUCGGGACAGGGUUUGGAGAGAGUCACCCCUUUAUCUGCCAAUUCAACGUCACCUCCAAGCCACCGAAUAUCUUUCACAUCUUUACUGACGUGCUAGUUGGCUGAACAGUUCAUUGAAAUGUAUUUCAUGAUUUAAUAAAAAU